AGUAAACAAGUGGUUGUGUGUAGUAUUCCAACGAAAACUAUACACUUUUAUAACUUAAAAUGUUUAGGUUACUACAAUUUUCUAUUAGCAUUUGCUUGGUUUUUGCGUUUGAAGAGAUCCUAGCAAAAAGCGAACAUUCCAAUGAAAUGCUGGAGCAAGGGAAGAUACAGUAUCAGUUGUUACAAGAAAGGGGAGCUCUUCCAAAAUUUGGACUGUGCUGGAAGCAGGCUGUGGAGCAUAUUGAUGAGGGCUGCAGACAAUUAUCAGAAGAGACUCAAAGUGAAAUAUCCUUGCAUCUAACCAAUUGUUUCUUGGAAAUGUCUGGACAUAAAACUUACGACUGUGAGCUGAGCAAGAAACCAAAUGUCAGAGCAAUAUGCAUCAACAGCAUGUCUGAUAGGGCAUUCAAUGUGUACACAGAGUUCUACUCGCACACACAAAACAUGUGCUGGUUUCUGAGGGGUCAAAUUUGGCAUGAAACAAUCUCAGAGAACACUCAGAAAGUUGGUAAACAAUUGGAGCUUUCAGCAAGGAAUCAGAUGGAUUUGCUAUUGGGUCAAAGAGAGAGUUUGGAAAUGCAAAAGAAGCUGAUUGAUUAUGGAAAGGAUUUGGAAAAUAUCAUGGGAACUUUCUUGGAUUCAGCUAGGAAACAUCAGGAGCUUCUGUUGGUCAUGAGCAAUAGUUUGAAUGGGUUGCAGUCUUGGCUGUUUGGCGAGGUGUCCUGGUGGGAUUCUAUUGUUUUUUACGUGACUGCCUUGAUCGUGGCGACGAUUUUCACAUCCAGCAAUCGCACAUCUAAUGCUAAAUUUCCGCUGUUGGGUUUGGUUGUUAUUAGCAUAAUUACUGAACGGUCUUGUAUUAAUGUGUUCUAUAGAACAUUUAUAAGUGACAUCAUUCAAACGCAAACAGAUUACUAUUCCUACGUCUGGUAUUUUAGGUACUUGUACAUUUUUGUAUCCAUGAUUAUACUCACUGUGAGUAUUUACAAGUUUAAGGAUUAUAACGUGGAGAAUAACACUUUAUUGGUGAAGUUAGAUAGCAAUAUGUUAAAGAUCUUGGAUUGUGUUUCAAGCGAUACAAGCAAAUUAAACAAUCGCUUGGUAGACACAUCCAUUAAUAGCGAUAAGUUUCUAAAUAAUUGUUACAGAUCUGAGGAUGCUCUAAACGUUGUUAAUGACUAUUUAGACAAGUUCUCGAAUAGAAGCAUAACCACCUCAGCAUGUUCCUACGUACAAACGAAUUUCAAUAAUUCAACCGAAAAUUAUUAUACGACUAAAAACACGGAAAGUGUUUAUAAACCAAAGAACGUCAUUGAACUGAAACGGUAUAACUUGAGGAGCAGACAGAACACACCGGAUAAAGCAUCGAUUUAACACGUUUAAAUCAUCUAGGAAUAUUGAUGGAUCUCAUCUUCAAAGUAUACUUUGUUAAAUAGAAUAUGCAUGUUAUUUAAACUCUGAAAAUGUGAUUUAAUUGUAAACUAUAAACAUU